AUGGCCGACUCCCCCGUCGCCUUGGGCGACAUGGUCAAUGUGCCUGGCGACAUGUACGGCACCGUCAAGUUUGUCGGGCCUGUCAGAGGCAAGCAGGGCAAAUUCAUUGGUGUUGAGCUGGCUAGUGAAUUCGCUGCCAGAGGAAAGAAUGACGGCGAUGUCGAUGGCAUUCGCUACUUCGAUACCGAUAUCCCUGGCGCAGGCAUCUUCUUGCCUGUCCAUCGUGCAGAGAAGCGCCAAUCGCCUGCACGCUCUCGUCCAGCAUAUCCUGGCACCCCUACUACACCUGCACACUACCGCUUGGACUCGUACACUCCUCCGACAGCCGCUAUGCCCAAGUUCUCUCAGUCCAUGGGCCCUGGUGCCCGCCCUCCCAGUNNCCCUCUCUCGAAACUCAAAUCCCGUCGUCCAUCGCUGCCUCGCCCAGAAUCCCCGUUCCGCAAACAACCUAACCUGGUUCCCACUCCGGCUCGCAACUUUUCCAUGAGCCAGAGAUCCGCCGUUCCUCCACGCUUCACUUCGAGCCCUGCACCACCGCUGUCCGCAACUCCUCGUGCAGCUAGUCGCUCAGCCGCCCCUUCGCGCCCGUAUUCACGCACUGGCUCUCGUGCAGGAAACCGCACCGAAUCACAGCGUCCAUCGACUAGCUCUGCAGCCUCAAUUGCUAGACGCUCUCCAUCCCGACAGGUCCCUGUGGAUCAAGAUGGCGAGGUUCAGAGGUUAUUGGCCCAACUGGAAGAAAAAGAUAGACAACUGCAGGAACAGGCUGGAUCACUUGCCGAGAUGGAGGCUAGUCUGAAAGAGAUUCAAGAAUUAAUACCUGCUGAUGGUAACGACCGUGAUGCCGAAGGCGGCUCUGACGUAUUCGAGUUGCGUCAAGCCGUACACGACAGAGACGACAAGAUCCAGUCCCUCAUCGACGAAUUUGACGCUCACCGUGCAGACUUUCGCAGUACGAUAGAUACUCUGGAGCUCGCGUCGGCCGAAACCGAACGCGUGUACGAGGCAAAGAUUGCCGAUUUACUUGCUGAAAUACAAGAACUGCGCGAGCUCGGUCACAGUCGUGAGGAUGUCGAAAAUGUUGCUCGUCAGCUUAAGGGGCUGGAAGAGCUCGUUGCUGAGCUCGAAGAAGGUCUGGAAGACGCACGUCGUGGUGAGGCAGAAGCUCGAGGAGAGGUUGAGUUCUUGAGGGGUGAAGUCGAAAGAGGACGUAGUGAGCUAAGACGCGAAAGAGAGAAAGCCGCCAAAGCACUACAAGGAGCCAAAGAGGCAGAGGGUCAAACGUCUAGAGACAAGGACGUCGAGUUGAAGGAUGAUGAGAUUAGAGGUCUCAAAGCCAUCAUUCACUCUCUCAGUUCUGGACCGGAUGCAAGUCCCAUGGCACGACAGAGCCCAGCAUCUGGACGUUUUGCCGAUCCAGAGGAGUUAAAGAGGACCCAAGCGACUGUGCAACAACUUGAGCGUGAGAAGUCGGAGCUUCAAGGACUGAUUGAUCGAAAGGCAUACAGGGAGGAGGAACUGGAGCGCGCAGUUGAGCAACUGAGACGAGCAGCGGAGCAAGAGAGGGACAGCAUCAUGAACACUGAAGCAGCUGCAGAGGAAGUUCCGCGCCAACACCUGUCGAGAUCGCCCGAGGCCACCAGAUCACCUACGCGGUACAGAUCGCCGCCAAAAGACGAACAGAGGACUUGGUGCGAAGUGUGCGAUACACCUGGACACGACAUCUUGACCUGCCCUGAUAUUGAAGGUGCCAAUGGCAACGGAGUACACGAUGGUCCUGAACGUCAGGCUGAGCAUGAUGAGGCUGAGCAUAAUGAGGCAGAAGACGAUUUGUCUAACCAUAUGCAGCAUCUGAAUGUCUCUGUGCCUACCAAGGACAAGUACAACGACAAACUCGAGGCCCCUGCGCCGCUGUCGUUGAGAAAGACCUUGAGCAACAACAGUAACAACGGUACAGAGAUGAGCAAGGAAACUCAUGAUGCACCCGCAGCAGAGACGGACAAUGACAAAUGGUGUGCACUUUGCGANAAAGAUGGUCAUCUAGCAUUCGACUGUCCUGAUGAGCAGUAUUAG